GUUUUAUCUACACCCUCAGGUUUCUACGUAGUUUCUGGUACAGAAACAGCAGGGCUAUCUGAGUUCUGCCAGAAAACGUUCACAGAGUGAAGCUUUUCCUAAGAGCACAGGAUGAAUGGAGAGGACACAGCUCUAAAUAAAACGGGGGACCUAGAGGUUCAAGCUGGUAAAAUGUCUCGUCCUUUUGACAUGAAUCACUAUGCUACUAAAAAAAGUGCAGCUCAGAGUAUGCUGGAUGUUGCUUUGUUGAUGGCCAAUUCAUCUCAACUGAAGACAAUCCUGUAUGCGGGGCCAGGGUACCGUUUUUACAUCCCUAUCAUUGUUCUGCUUGCUCUGUCCAUCAUAUUGCAGGUCAUAGUGGGACUGCUGCUCGUCUUUCUUGCAGCGAAGUAUGAUCUGAAUGAUCGACAGAAACAUGCCAAGCUGGACAGGAUGAACAACGCAGCCACAAUAUUUGUCUUUUUCACAGUUCUCAUAAAUAUCUUCAUCACUGCACUCGGCUUUCAGGGGGAUUCAAUCGGCGCAGUACCUGCCUUAUCCUCUGAGCCGAAGAUGUCUCCUCUGUCCGUUAACCCGAACCUGACUGGUGUGCUUUAAUACACAUUGAUAUUAAGAACACAGAUACAUGCUGUGUAUAGUGCUACCUUGAUUAUACCAAUACAUUUAAAUCUUAAAAUGUAUUUCCUCUUCCUAUGUGCUACUGUCAAUUGUUAUACCGGCUUUAGUCUUUCAUCUGUUGCAUAAAAUAAAAAGAAUUAUGUUUUAUCAUCAACACAA